ACCGAGAAUUGUUAUUGCAUUUACUUUGUUUACGUAUUGAUACGGAUCGGCGGUACUAUUCCAACUUCUUUCUUAGAAAAUCUGUUCCAUUUAAUUUUAUAUCGAGUAUUACCAUUGCAAUAUUAAGAUAGAAAAUGAGUGGGGAAAACUAUCGCAGUGCUACAAAAUCACACGACCCAGGUUGGAAUGAUCCUCCGAAAAUUGAUUACAAUUCAACCGAAGGGAGUCCAAAACAAACUAAGCUAAAUUUAAACAAACGAGUAGCAUUCCCGGUACUAAAUGCUACCAAUCCUCAAGUUCCAGUGGGAAGCUUACUUCCUCAUUUCGUUCCUCCUAGUGCAUCCGAACACCCGAAUGUACACAGCAUUCCUGCUACUCAACCAUGUGUAUUAACAACUCCUCCGAAAUCUGUACCUAAUCAAAGCCAGAAAAUCACAUCCGUGCAAGACACUUCGAUUUAUCCGGACAGCUCGGACAUGCUAAAAGAUUUUCAAGAGGCACUGGAUCAACUCGUCCUUGAAUUAGACAGUUCCAAACAAGCGGAAAUCCGGAAACGAUGUGCUUUAAUUGAACGAAGCUGGAGCGAUGGAAAGUUGUGCGAAAGUUUAACUAGAAAAUUAUAUCGAUUAGCUCAAGCACUAACCGAUAGAAAGGCAACCGAGGCAAAUGAGAUUCACCGGUCGAUAGUGGUGGAUCACGGAAGCGAUUGUGUUCAAUGGGCUCCGGCAUUACGACAACUUGUACUGACAGUAGCCAAAGAAAAGGUCACAGAAGACAGUAAGACUAAAUCCAUCGUCGAGCCCCUAUCUGGCGCGUAAAACCAGUCAUUUAUUUAUUAAAUUAUACAGCGUAAAGUUUUGUUUGGUUUUAUAUUUUGUGAUCUAUUACAUUAUUAAAAUGUGCGGUAAAAAUAAAGUUUGUUCAAUAGUACGUAAAAA